AGACAAGCCGACGCGCCGCGGUACGAACACGAGCAUUGUUGUGAGUGCGCUGCCAUCUUGAUUGGUGUUUGUUUACGUUUGUGUUUACUCUUCAACCUGUGGCGUCCACACUUGAUGCCAUGAGCCACCACGACAACAUCUCCCACUACAAGUGGGGGCCUCCGGACAUCUGUUCUCCGGGUCUUAUAUUACCUAUCUUUGAUGAAAGAGAAUGGAAUGUGCAAGUGAGAGCUGUGAUCUAUCUUUUGGUACUCUUCUACUUCUUCCUGGGAGUUGCCAUAGUAACAGAUGUGUUUAUGUCUUCCAUAGAAGUGAUCACCAGCACUACAAGGAAAGUGUACCUCGCCAAAACAAAAAACAAGAAGAGACAAGUUGUGGCCACUGCGCCAAGUUCAGAGAAUGGGAAGCCAGGGAACGGAAGCUACGCCUCUGUUGGUGGCGUGGUGGCGGGACUGCGAGAGGAUGAGCCGGAAGUCAUAGAGGUCCGAGUAUGGAAUGACACUGUCGCCAACCUUACACUCAUGGCUCUGGGGACAUCAGCUCCUGAGAUCCUUCUGUCGGUUAUUGAAAUCGUCGGUCACAACUUUGAGUCUGGUAAACUUGGACCUGGUACGAUCGUUGGUUCAGCGGCCUUCAAUCUUCUGAUCAUCACAUCGGUGUGCAUGAUGGCGUUGAACGUGGGUGACACUAGACGCAUCGAGAGAUUCAAGGUGUUCAUUGUUACUGGGCUGUUCAGUUUCUUCGCCUACAUCUGGCUGCUGGUGAUCCUCCGCUUUAUCUCCCCAGAUGUCGUGGAGUUGUGGGAGGCAUGCGUCACGUUCGCCAUGUUCCCUAUCCUGGUUAUGUUUGCGUACGCAGCUGACCGCGGCUGGUGCGGACUCAAGGCGUUCCGGCCCCGCAACAAACAGCAACUGGAACUCGGCCCACUCCAAGGAGAACAGAGCCAGAAGAUGAUCCUGGAACGAAACUUCUUUAAGGAGGGGAAAUUGGACAAGGCCAACCUGGUGGAGUUUGUGAGGGAAGUGAAGAAGUUUCCUGGAGUGAGUGAUGAGGAUGCAGCAGUCCUAGCUGCUGCUAAGUUGGUCAACUCGCAGCCCCACUCUGCAGUUUGGUAUCGGAUCGGAGCCGUGCGACAGAUGUCUGGUUCUCGUCGUAUUGAACCUCAUCUCAACUCUCGACUUAAAGAUGUUUACACAGCUCUGAACGAGCACAAGGAGACGACUGCUGAAGCUCCCCCACCUCCGGACACUGACAAGAAUGCCAUCGUAGAGUUUCACGCCGCCACCGUUGCGGUGAAGGAGAAGAUUGGAAAGUUCGCUGUCACAAUCUGGCGUCAUGGCAACCUAGAGCCACAAGUCAGGGUUAGAGUAAAAACAAUUGAUGGCACGGCUCGUAAAGGAGAAGAUUACGUUCCCAUCAACGAGAUCAUUACAUUUGAACCCCACCAACGAGAAAAGCAGGUAAUUGUAGAGAUUGUGAAUGACAACAAGUGGGAGCCCAAUGAGGAGUUCUUCCUCCGUCUCAGUUUGGUCUACGGAGAUAACCGCAACGUAGCCCUGGGACAUCUCUCCAUCAUGGAGAUCACCAUCUUGGAUGACGACAACCCUGGCAUCAUUGCUUUUGAGAAACGAGGUAUGUUGGUGAAGGAGUCAGCUGGCUUGGUCCGUAUUCCUGUGAUUCGCUACAAAGGCUCAGACGGUGAUGUAGCCAUCAAAUGGCGAACCAUUGACAAAUCUGCCCUGUCUGGAAGGGACUAUGUUGGGGGAAAUGGCACACUUAACUUUAAGGACAUGGAGACCCGAAUGGAGAUUGAGAUUCCCAUCAUCAAUGACUUUGACCCAGAGAAAGAUGAACAUUUUGAGGUAGAAUUGUUUGAUGCAUCUAACGGAGCUCGCAUUGGAAACAUCAACAGAAUGGCUGUCACCAUUGCUAAUGAUGAUGACUUCAACACCAUGAUGGACCGGUUGAUGGUACUGACCAAUACAAAUGUGGACGCACUUAGAAUUCACACCAAGACGUGGGCAGAGCAGAUACGAACUGCCAUGACAGUCAAUGGAGGGGACAUUGAGAACGCUACCUGCGGAGACUAUACACUACACUUCUUCUCUUUCUUUUGGAAGGUACUGUUCUCACUGCUUCCCCCGCCUCAAAUUUUCAAAGGGUGGUUAUGUUUCAUCUGCUCUCUGAUUGGUAUUGGUGUCAUGACAGCGUUUAUUGGAGACAUUGCCGCAAUCUUCGGGUGUCUCGUAGGAUUGGACGAUACGAUUACAGCCAUUACAUUGGUCGCUCUGGGGACAUCUUUGCCGGAUACGUUUGCCUCAAGAUCAGCCGUGUUGAACAGCAAGUUCGCUGACGACUGCAUCGGAAACAUCAACGGAAGCAACUCGGUUAACGUGUUCCUUGGGAUGGGGUUGCCUUGGUUCAUGGCUGCUAUUUACCACUUUAGCCAGGAUUCAGUUUUCCGAGUGCCAGCUGGCGCACUAGGGUUCAGCGUGCUGAUGUACUCCAUUGCGGCUGUGAUUGCCGUCACCCUACUGGUGCUGAGGCGUAACCUCGCUGUGUUCGGCAAAGCGGAGAUCGGAGGUCCUGCCUCGAUGCGCUAUCUCUCAGUGUUCAUCCUGGUCACUCUCUGGGUGUUGUACAUCGUUCUCUCCUGGCUGCAGACUUACGACGUGUUUUCUUUCAGCUUCUGAGGAAAUGGUUCCUUCCAUUCAGCUUCUGAGGAAAUUGUUCCUUACACUCACUUCUGACAAAAUCAUUCCUUCCACUCACCUUCUGAGAAAAUAUUCCUUUUACUCAACUUCUGAGAAAAUAAUUCCUUCCACUCACUUCUGAGGAGAAUAUUGAUACAGUGUCAUUCCAUUCAAUAUCUGAAAAUCAUUGUAACAGUUACAAUGUUCAUUUGUUGAACGUGCAAGAAAAGCAUUAUUAAUUAUUAUUUCAUUAACUAAAAGAUCCAACAGUUAAUACAUUAGAGUUUAAUUUUUUCAUACUUUCCUUGCAACAUUCUGGGAAGGUAAUUAUCAGUGCAAGGAGAUGGGAUUUUGUGAAUUUUAUUGUUGAAACUUUUGGUAUGUGUUCUGACUUAUCAUCGCCAAUCUAGGUUGAAAAGUUUAGGUUUUAACUGUAGAUUUAAGUUGGAAAAACAUUAUUAUGAAACAAAACAAUUGCUUGAAGGCUGUUUCAGGUAAUUUUUCAUAGUUGAUGGCAAUUAUAUCCAAUGUAUGGACAACUACUUUCCAAAAACUUUUGUUUUUAGCUGAAUGUUUUUUGCAAUGGAAAGAUGCUUCUGUGAAGCAUUAUGUAGGUUAAGUAACACACAUUCCAUUUUGCUACUUUUCUCUGUAACAAGCAAAAACAACCUAAACAGGUUUUAAAAAUUUAAUAUUAAUUAAUAUAGUAAUUUAUAUUGUAUUAAGAAAAAAAAAUCAUUUUCUUGAAGAUAAGAAGCAUAUUUGCAUUCUACUUACUUAACUUUCACUACCAAACAUUUUUUGAUUGUAAAGUUUUUCUAGUGUAAGUAUUUAACAUGGAUUGUAGCAUUAGACUUAACGCUAGCUGCAAUAUUUAAAAAGAAUUUUAUAUUCUUCAAUCCAAGACUGCUUUGACCGUCCAAUAUUUCAUGUGAUUAAGGUGAUUUUACAAUUUUAAAAUAUUUCCAGAUAAAUUGAUUUAAUGUGUAUGAAGUGAUAUAGAAAAAUAGCUUUAGUCAAACCUGACUAAAUAAAAAAAAGGUUUUGUACCCUUACAAAAAAUGUUUAACAAACGACUUGAUUUUUAAGUUUUAUAUUUUCAUUACAUUUUUUUAUGACAGGUUAAGUUUAUUUUUACAUAAGAGAUUAUUUUUUGUUUCUAAGCUUUAUAGAUAUUUAAUAACAGUUUAUAAGUUAGUUUUUAUUUGUGAAGACUUUUAAUACCUUUUAAGAUGUAGGUUUAAGAUUAUCCCACAGAAAGUUUAUAAUUUAUAAAUAGAAAGAGAUUAUAUUAAUUUAUUGUAAGAUA